AUGUCCGCCGCACACCUGUACCAAAACGAAGAGUCAAAGAUUGCUGUUCCAUUGGAACUCCAGACCAAGGCCAUCUCAUACUUAGCUGGGCAGCUACCCACGCCACCCCCUAUCGACGGGCUUGAAGUGUCCAUCCGCCAUGAAUCAACAGUAGGGAGAUUUGUUGGAUCUAAUAUUCAAGAUGAUGUGCUGCUGGGGACUAUCUUACUAGGAAUGACAUCGGCCUGGCACGUCGUAUCUUCCACGGGGUUAGUGCAUCUCCACGGAUCGAGGGAACUCUUCAAGGCUUGGAUGUCAUCCAGCCAUCUCAACACCACCAACGACAGAAUGAUAAUGGGCGCGACGCAAGUCUUUAUGAUCUCAUCCAUGGUGUACUGGGAAGCCAUGAGCUCCUUCAUCGUGGACCAAGACACAGAUGCCCUAUCCUAUCUAGACGUCUUCUGCCACCUCCCAUAUUCUCUCAAAAGGUACCCAUGUCCCUGGACGGGUGUCGGAACAGCCACGUUCAUCUACCUCGCUAAAACGGCGGCGCUGGUGAGGAGGCUGAGAGCUCUGCGGCGUAGCUCAUCGGGCAUGUUCCAAAGGAGUGACGGCAUUACCCAGGAUACAUCCUACUACUCGGAUCUCUUACGACAAGCCACGGUCUUGAUACAGAGCAUUUCGGCACUUGAAGCGCCGACUGUGAGCUCAGUCACGGAUAUCGGGGAUGUGUUUACGCCUCCGGGUCACCUCAUCGCCAUGGAGCAAUGUUACCGGCUGGCGGCUCUACUCGAGUUGACUAGGGCAUUUCCCGAAGUAGUGGGCACACACGUCGUUCAGAACCACGACGCCGGGCUGAAUGAUGAUGAGCAGGAGAAGAACCGGCCGGUAGAAAGAGUUUGCAAUCUUGCUUUGAGAAUACUCUGGAUCAUGGAAGGGAUACCCGUCACAUCUGGCACCGUCUCGACGCAGCUUUUACCGCUCAUCAUCGCCGGGAGCGUUCUCGGUCUAGUUUCGAGAGAGAAUAUUGCCGGUGAAGGUAUUGAGUUUCUGGGCAGUUCGAAAGAUGUCGCAAGGUGGAGAGAUUUUGUAAAAAUACGCACCCGUUGGCUUUACCAGUUGAUUCGACUGAAACCCGUGAGGCAUGGGUUGCUCAUCUUGGAGGAAGUUUGGGCGCGCUUGGAUAACUUAGACGCUGCAGAUUGCUCUGGUGAUCUCAUACCAAAGAGUCAAAAUCAUCAUUGGAUCGAUGUAAUGGAAGAAAGGGGGCUAGAGACAAUGUUAGGGUAA